AAGGAAGCGGCAUGAUUGGGCACGAGUCAGGAAGAUCAGAAAUAAUAAUAAAAAAGGAAGACUUUCGGACGUUUAUCAUACAGUUAGUCAGCAAACUGAAGUAUAUGUGUUUACCUGUCUCCUAUGGCGAGUUGACAGACGUGUACUUCACGUGUUUCUGUGAAUAGUGGGUCAUUGUGGCUAGCUUGUGCUAAUAGCUGUGCAUCCAAGGUGUAAAACCUACUGUCGCGUUCAUCAAUCCGCUGCUCGCCGGAUGUUUAUACCAGAGGCAUGAUGCCAGAGAUCAUGCAACACUGCUUUUGACAUAUUUUGGAAACUAAUUUGGCAGCCGACUAAGUAGUUGAUUAGUCCUGCUGUCGUCUUCUGAAAGGGACACCUUCACUAUGAUUAAAACUGCUUGCGACAAGGAGAUAGUGUGUUAGCUAGCUAGAAACUGUGGUGGGAGGCAUGAUUUUUAAUGCUUGUGUUUUGCGUGGAUAAAGCGCUUUCAUCGUUGGAAUUGUUGUCUUUUGUACACAAAACCGUAGCUGGCAAGUUAACCUAGCUAGAUCAUGUUUUGAGUAUAGCCAGUCUAGAUGAGUGCUAAUAACUGGCGAUGAGGAUGAUACCACUAUACUGAGCUUGCUAGCUAUUCCACUGAGUACAAGUAGCUAGUCUAGCUGGCUAACGUUAAUGAUAAAUGUUGUUUUCGACGUUCAGAACUAACAUCCCCUCCCAGUCCUUGGUGAGACUAACGAUCGGAGUAACUGCAGCGAGGAUGGGAAGGCUGUACAAACGAAGACGAAUCAAUUGCAUUCUUCUGAUAUCCUCUCGGUUUUGCGUAUCUGUCAACGACUCCAAGACUGCUGAUACCUGAGAGGACAGCGCAGCCAACACAGCCGGUGGAGUGGAAGUAGCAUAUGAACUGAAGUGAUAUUUACUGCGGUGUGUUGUGCACCACAACGGUGUGCUGUUCAGGUUUAUUCAGCAUGGCUCAUUUGUUAACCAUGGGGGAGAGCGCAGUAAGGGCGCUAACCCGAGCCGGCGAAGGGGUUGUCUCGGGUGUGGUUCUGUCCGCCUCCGCCUCCCAAAACUCGUCAGCCAGUCCCACCUUGGAUCCUCACGACCGGGGCUGCGAGAACGGCGCGUUAAUGGACUCGUUCGGCAUCUUUCUGCAAGGGCUACUCGGUGUCGUGGCCUUUAGCACGCUGAUGUUGAAGCGCUUUAGAGAGCCGAAGCAUGAGAGAAGACCCUGGAGGAUCUGGUUUUUGGACACCUCCAAACAGGCCAUUGGGAUGCUGUUUAUCCAUUUCGCCAACGUUUACCUGUCUGACCUGACUGAGGAGGACCCUUGUUCGCUGUACCUCAUCAAUUUCCUCCUGGACGCAUCUCUUGGCAUGCUGCUGAUCUAUGCAGGCGUGCGGGUCGUCAGCGUGGUGGUGGAGUGGCGGCAGUGGGACUCCCUGCGUUUUGGGGAGUACGGAGAGCCAGUGCAGUGCAGGGCCUGGGCGGGCCAGUGCGCCCUCUACAUCCUCAUCAUGAUGUUCGAGAAGGUGCUUAUUAUCCUGGUCCUGCUCAUCCCACAGUGGAAGCAGCUUGCUCUUCUGAAUCCCAUAGAGAACCCACAGUUGGAGCUGGCCAUCGUCAUGCUCAUCGUCCCCUUCUUCGUCAAUGCACUGAUGUUCUGGGUGGUGGAUAAUUUCCUGAUGAAGAAGGGCAGGACAAAAGCCAAGCUGGAGGAGAGGGUGGGCGGAGCUGAGUCCCGUGGCACCAGCAAGGUGCGUUACAGACGGGCGCUGUCCCACGAGGAGUCAGAGUCCGAGAUCCUGAUCUCGGCCGACGACGAGAUGGACGAGUCGGACGGGGAGGAAGAUUUGCUCCGGCCGACUGACCUCAAGCACAAGAAGAAGAAGCACCGCCUUGAACUUCCUGUCUGACCCAGGUCCACCUGGGUUUCCCUUACUGGGGAGAAACUGAAAAAACUGGCAUGUCUGCCAUACUGAGUGGAAACAGAACAAGGAGUGUUGAGGAUUCAUGUUCAAAGGAGCCAACUGGACAGCACCUGAGUGUGGCCCGACCAUCAAGAACAAAGGGAGAACAAAGUCCUUGCAGCCAAUCUGCGGUAAUGGAACUUUAAUAGUAUGUUGUCACAAUAAAUCUCUAAUAUUAGGAAUAGCACUGGAGCAUCAAACAUUGGCUGUCAUCCUCUGGCAAUUUUUGUUUCCAAUCUUGUUUUAUGAUCUGCAUCAUUGUUUCUGUGCAACAGAAAAAAACAGCUGUUGUAUGAAUCAUGCAUCUGAUUCCACCCUCAAUCAAUCUAGUCUUACUAGGGUUUCUUAUAUUCCUGAGCAGUCAUUCCUGUGUGGACAGUAUUCUCCACAUCUCAGUGUUUCUGCCAGUACCUGUGAGAUUUCUGUGGUUGAGCUCAUGCGACAGGAACCACGGUGGUUUGGACAGUGGGGCUGAGGAAAGGUGCUAAGAUUGUUCUGGCAUCUCUUUAAAUCGCCUCGUAUGGAACGGGGCUACCUUCCUUAAGCUUAGUCUUUCAUAACUACACUUGUUUACAUUUAUUUAUCCAGACUAACCACUAAUGAGCUUUAAAUCUAUACCUGAAUCUUUAAAGCAGUACCUGUCCCGGUCCAUACCUCAGGAACUCUGGGGUCUGGUCGAGUUUGAAUGAGGAGUUUGGAUGGGGUGGUUGAUCAAACACAGACGUGGUCUCAGGUGGGGUUUGAUUGAGGAGUUUGGGGGGAUUUGAAAGUUUAAGUGGCUUAGGGGGUGUUUCAAAUGUCCGCCUCACAGCAACAGAGACAGGUAAAUUUCAAAGUGAGAUAUUGUAAAGAGGGAGUUGCUCUGUUACUAACCACUGUGACUAACUGUGAAUGUAUUCCUAUUUUAUUACAAAAACAGAUGGUUCAGGUGCUUCUCUCUGAAAGCGGAAUGUAGCCAGUCUCUCCAGGGCACAAGAGGGACGAUGGUGCGACCUGUCUCAUUAGCCCUCUGAAGGGAGGCUGAUGUGAUGGUUGUGGUCUUGCACAUGAAGCAGUACAGCACAUGGUCCCCUGACACCCAGACCUGCAAAGAUUUUUAUCAGUUACCUGCUCCUCUAACGUGUUGUUAGCAUGGAUGGGACAGUGUGUAAGUGUAAGUGGAUUUGUGGGUGAGCCUUCACCUUGUGCUGUUUGCCUGGAGUAUUGACUAGUGUGCUUACAGGUCACAACAAGUUCGAUAUGCUCUCUCACUAUGGGUGGCAGUGUGAGGAGACUUGCUCUGCCUUUUUCAGGGUUAUGCAGUGUGCUGCCUGGUUUGGUCGUGUAUUUAUUUGUCCUUUUUGUGUUUCUGUAUGUUUUGUUGUGAUUGGCCAAACUAUGGGGCAAUUCUAAGCAUCCUUGUGUGAUGUGAUAUCCUUAUGGGAUGUGGAAAUAUGUUUAGGUACACAUCCCUGGACUUGUGCCUUUCUUGCACAAUGCCUAUUGUCCCCAUGUGCGGUGUUCUUUGGAUGUUUUU